AUUAAAUAUGUGAACCUUGUGCGACUUGGAGAACUAGUUUUUGACAGCAAUGAAGACGAUGCUGAACCAGAGGACUUUGACGUUCUCGAAACUAAGGCCCAUCCGGACUUCCGGUACCCAGUUCUCUACAAUGAUAUUGGGGUGGUUCGUUUGCGAAGACAAGUAACCUUUAGCCAUUACAAGCUGCCCGCCUGUCUGCCUCUGAAUGACGGAGAGCAGAUAGAAUUCUUCACUGCCAUCGGAUGGGGUCAGAAGAAAUUUGACAAGUUUGAGCCGUCCAAGGAAUUGAGGGAAGUCGAGCUGCAAAACUAUAAACAGUCCUGUGGAGAGACAAAUGAUACGAACGAGGAGUUGCCCCUCGGUUACAAGGCAGAGUCACAGUUGUGCAUUGGAUCCCCGGGGCACAAGGACACUUGUAAUGGAGACUCAGGAGGUCCGCUGCUGAUUGCCUUUAGUGGAAACGGAUGCCAAUACCAAGUCAUGGGUGUCACGUCGGUGGGAAUCGCAUGUGAUACUCCGGACAUUCCCAGUUUGUACACGAGGGUGCACUUUUUCCAGGAUUGCAUUAGAAGGGAAUUGGCGAGGACAUAAGGAUAUGUAAAAUAUUUUAUACU